AUGGUGGCUUUGGCAAGGACUUUACCUGAAUAUCAAUAUUCACCAAACCAGUCCGGCGCUAGAUCUGAUGCUUUUGGACAGUUCAGCCAAUCUCAUUUACAUGUUCCAAAGGAGGGUCCAUCCAAAAAGCCUCAGUCUGGAAAAAAGGGUAUAUGGAUCAAUUUACCCUUGCAACAUUCAAACCUUGUUCAUUCUGCUGUCCAGGCUGGAUUUAGGUACCAUCAUGCCGAGUCGGAUUACUUGAUGCUUGUAUAUUGGAUCCCUGAUACCCCUGAUAGCAUUCCUGCAAACGCGUCACACCGUGUCGGCGUUGGUGCUUUUGUUGUCAAUAACAAGAGAGAGGUGCUUGUGGUUCAGGAAACCAGUGGUAGAUUUGGAGGCACAGGUGUAUGGAAGAUGCCUACAGGAGCUGUGAAUGAAGGUGAAGAUAUUUGUGAUGCUGUAAUUAGAGAAGUGAAGGAAGAGACAGGGGUUGAAACAAAGGCACAUAUGGUACUUGUUGCAUUCUCAAGUUCGUUAAACAGUCAGGACAGCUGCUCCUUUGCAGGAACUGGCAUCCAAACAUGUGAUGGCAGCAAUGGUGGAGAUAAUUUGUCAGCAUCAAGCCUCUGAAGCAU